AUUUUCUGUUUUUAGGUCGGUGGGGAAGGGGGAUGUGGAAUUGGAAAGAUAAGCUCUGCAGAUAUUAUUUUUAGCAUGAAAGAUUGAAUUCUUUUUUACAAGUUAGGGUUGAGGAAAUUACCCCUCGCCCUAUUUUUCGUGAUGUAGUGCUUGAUCGAUUGGUAUUGCAGGGUGGGCUCUGGAAAACCGGGAAGUUUAAGGCUGACCAUUUUUAGCACUUGAACUGCCAAUUUCCAUGCUGAAGGGAAGACGAAAUAACAAGUUUAUUGGUCCGAUUUGAGCACUAGGUUCUUGGGACUUCGAUUAGGUUGCUUGUCCAAGUCUUCAACAUGAAUAAAGUUGUGCCAAACUGCAAUAUGUUUUCUUUUCUUUUCUUUUUUUAAAAAAAUAAAAUUAAUGCUUCCAUGGUUAUAAUUAUUUGUCUUUCUUCGUUUGUGCAAUCUUUUCUUAUGGCAUUUUGAUGAAACUUUUUACCCCUAUCCUAACGUAUUGUGAAUUUUCCUACUGUUUCUUUUCUUUGAAUUAGGUCUGAUAAAGAAAUUUUGAUUUAGUUGUGAACUGAGGUUAGUCUAUUAAAUUUGAGCUUUCUGUCUCCAUUAAUCGUUUCUUGGCUCGGGUAUGUUUUUCUAGUUAAGAGAAGAUCCGUUGAAUAUUGUGUCUUGUGCGAAUGUGGAUCUCCAGAGGUACACUGAAUGCCAUUGAAAUAUUCUUUGUUGAGAAACACGUUACCUACUUGGCAUGGCAAGCAUGGCUUCGAGCUGACAACUUUAUUGCAAAGGUAAAAGUGCAAACCUGGAUUAACAACAUAGAAGAUGAUGAGUUUGUUGGUGUUGGUGCUCGAUUUGGCACUACAAUUGAAGCAAAAGAAAAGUAUGCCAACCGAACUCGGGUUUUUUUGUCAGAUCCGGCUGAUUGCUGUACCACGCUUAAGAAAAAGCUUGCUGGAGAUAUCCUAUUAGUGCACCGAGGACAUUGCAAAUUUACGACCAAGGCAAAGGUUGCAGAAGCAGCUGGUGCUUCUGCCAUCCUCAUUAUUAAUAACCGUAAAGAAUUGUAUAAGAUGGUCUGUGAUCCCAAUGAAACAGACUUAAAUAUAAGCAUAUCUGCAGUUAUGCUGCCACAAGAUGCAGGUGCCAGCUUAGAUAGCAGUGUCAAGAGUGGUGCCUCAGUUGCGGUGCAGUUGUACUCUCCAGAUCGUCCUCUUGUUGAUACAGCAGAGGUGUUUCUGUGGCUUAUGGCUGUUGGUACCAUCUUAUGUGCAUCUUAUUGGUCAGCAUGGAGUGCUAGAGAAGCAUCUAUUGAAUAUGAAAAGUUAAUAAAGGACGCCCCAGAUGAGAUGCUCAAUACGGAAACCACAGGCACCAGUGGUGUGGUAGACAUAAAUACAGUGUCUGCAGUUUCGUUUGUUGUGAUUGCAUCGUGCUUCUUGAUCCUGCUUUACAAACUUAUGUCCCACUGGUUUGUGGAGCUUUUGGUGGUUCUAUUUUGCAUUGGGGGAGUCGAGGGCCUACAAACAUGCUUGGUAGCUUUAUUAUCACGAUGGUUUAAACGUACUGGGGAAUCUUUCAUUAAAGUGCCCUUCUUUGGAGCUGUUUCUUACCUUACACUAGCAGUCUCACCAUUCUGCAUUGCUUUUGCUGUUGUAUGGGCUGUUUAUCGCUCCAUAUCUUUUGCCUGGAUUGGCCAAGAUAUCCUGGGUAUUGCUUUGAUAAUUACGGUUCUCCAAAUUGUUCGAGUACCUAAUCUCAAGGUGGGUACUGUGCUUCUCAGUUGUGCAUUCCUGUAUGACAUCUUUUGGGUUUUUGUUUCAAAGAGGUGGUUUCAUGAGAGUGUGAUGAUUGUGGUUGCACGUGGUGAUAGGACUGGUGAGGAUGGUGUACCCAUGUUACUUAAGAUUCCACGCAUGUUUGAUCCAUGGGGUGGUUUCAGCAUUAUUGGUUUUGGUGAUAUCCUCCUGCCUGGGCUACUAAUUGCAUUUUCAUUAAGAUAUGACUGGGCUGCAAAGAAAAAUCUACGGGCAGGCUAUUUCUUGUGGUCCAUGGUGGCUUAUGGUUCUGGUCUUCUUAUCACAUAUGUUGCUUUAAAUUUAAUGGAUGGACAUGGUCAACCAGCUCUUCUCUACAUCGUCCCCUUCACAUUGGGCACCUUCUUGACUUUGGGGCGGAAAAGAGGUGAACUGAAACAUCUAUGGAUAAAAGGAGAACCAGAGAGAAUAUGUCCGCAUAUUCAACCUGUUCAAUAGAUCUCUGUAUUUUGACAAAAAAAAAAAAAAAGAUCUCUGCAUUAUAUCCAACGUUAAAUAGAUAAGCUGCAGGCUCAGGUUUCAACCUGCAAGGGUUAAUAGUCCAGAACUGGUGGAGUCCUAGGAAGAAAAUAGAGGUCGAGCCUUUGCUCAAUGUUGUAUUUUACUGACUGACUCGUGGUUUCAGAAAAUAGCCAGUUGUUGACUUGUUUCUAUGCCCAGAAAAUGGGGGGAAAAAAAAACAAAAAUAAAAAACAUUAGGCA